UACAGCUCGCACGCGGACCAACCAGCGCCAAGCUUCUUCCGCCACAGGCUCGAGUGCGCCGUCACAGGCCCCGGCUUCCCGUCCAGGAAUCCGCCAGCAGAUCCGAGAUGUGGGUGCCCGCGCUUCUGUUCGCACCCAGGCUGGCGUUGGAGCGGUGCCUGAUAGCGCGAUAACGAAGGAUGCGCGACGCACUUACGGCUGAUGAGGGGAGUAUAAAAAGCAAGAAGAUGCAUCCUAGACAACCUCCGCUCUUCGCUGGUUGAGCUUCUCGCGCCGCCGAGCCCCUCGAGCUUCUCUCGCUGAGCUCCUCGAGCCGCAUCGACGAUGGCCGCCAUCGACGCCCCCGUGCUGGAGAAGACGCAGCCGCCAGCUGCCCCGGAGCAUGCGGACAGCUUCUCAUCCGAGAAGGAGAAGGGGAGCGGGAAGGAGAAGCCCACGGUUGAGGUUGUUGGCGAUGACCUGGGAGAGGUCUUCGACGAUGUGCGCGACAUCGACCUCGACGAGAAUGGGAAGGAGCGGCCUAUCGAGAGCGCCCGCGACUACGCGACGCGGCUGAUGUCGCUCGAGGACGACCCGACGCUGCCCAUCUUCACUCUCCGGAGCGUGGUGCUUGGCAUCGGUUUCGCCGCCUUCGCGUCCGUGCUUGGCCAAUUGUUCUACUUCCGCCCGCAAACGAUCAGCGUUAGCCAGCUAUUUUUGCAGAUCUUUGCCUUCAUCCUCGGCAAGGCCAUGGAGGAGGUGAUUCCUGGCACCAACCCCAACUCUCGCUUCCCCCUGCGCGAUUCGUGGUGGGCGCGCUUCCUUAAUCCCGGACCCUUCAACAUCAAGGAACAUGUCGCUAUCACGAUCAUGGGUGCCACCUCCAGCGACUCUGCCCUCGCCAUCAGCAUCUUCGCCGCGCAGGACCUGUACUACAAUGUCAAGCCCAACGCGGCGACCGCCAUCUUCACCCUAAUCGGCUCGCAGCUCAUCGGUUACGGCCUCGCGGGCAUGAUGCGGGUGUUCCUCGUCUGGCCUACCUUCGCCGUCUACCCGCACAUCAUCCCCACCGUUCAGCUAUUCGACGUCCUCCACCGCGGGCAAAACUUCUUCCUCCAGAAGAAGCGCGUCCGCUUCUUCUGGGGCACGCUCGUCGCCAUCUUCGUCUGGGAGUGGUUCCCGGAGUACAUCGCGCCGACUCUGACUGGUGUCAGCAUCUUCUGUUUGGCGAACCAGGACUCGGCGUGGUUCUCGCGCAUCUUCGGUGGCGCGACGGGUAAUGAGGGUCUGGGGAUGUUCUCGUUGUGCUUCGACUGGAACUAUGUGGGCGCGGGCGGAGGUGCAAUUGGCUCGCUGUUCACCCCGCUGUCGACGCAGCUCUCGCUGUAUGGCGGCUGUCUCGUGUGCAUCAUCACGUUCUGUGUCGUGUACCAGCAGAACGUGUGGAAGUCGCAGAACUUCCCCUUCCUCUCGCAGCUGCUCUUCUACGAGAACGGCACGGAGUACAACCAGCUGUUGAUCCUCAACGACGACUUCACGCUCAACACGACGAAGCUCGCGGAGCAGGGCCUGCCGUACUACGCGGGCUCGCAGGUGCUGUACAAGGUGUCGCGGACGAUGUACAUCGGCGCGGCGAUCAUGCACUUUGUGGUGUGGCACGCGAAGGAUGUGUGGAAGCUGGUGUGGACGACGAAGGCGUCCGAGAUCGACGACCCGCACUACAAGAAGAUGCAGGUGUACAAGGAGUGCCCGCUCUGGUGGUAUGCCGCGCUCUUUGCCGCGUCCUUCGCGAUGGCGAUGGCGACGAGCUACACCGCGCACUCGGGCUUGCCCUGGUGGGCCCUCAUCGUCUCCCUUCUCCUCGCCGCGUUCCUCCUACCCAUCAUCGGCACGCUGUACUGCACCGUCGGGUACGCGCCGUCGAUCGAGAUCCUCAUCGAGAUGGUCGCGGCAGCGAUGGUGCCGGGCAAACCCGUCGCGAACAUGUACGCCACGCUCUACGGCUACAACUCGGUCACGCAGGCGACGUCCCUCAUGCGCGACCUGAAGAUGGGCCAGUACACGAAGCUGCCGCCGCGGGUGACGUUCACUUGCCAGGUCCUCGGCAGCAUCAUCGGCGGCAUCCUCAACUUCGUCGUCGCGAACAACGUGCUCACCGCGAACCGCGAGAUCCUGCUCGACGUGCAGGGCAGCAAUGUGUGGAGCGGGCAGCAGAUCCAGAGCUACAACACGGGGGCCAUCGCAUGGGGCGCGCUCGGCAAGGACUUGUACAAGCCGGGCACGCAGUACGGCUUCGUCCCGUGGAUGCUGCUCGUCGGCCUCGCGUGGCCGAUUCCCUUCUGGUUGGCGCACAGGCGCUGGCCGAAGUUUGGCUUUGACAAGGUGUUCACGCCGAUCCUGACCGCCGAGCUGGGCUACCUCAGUGUCGGCAUUAACUCGGGUGUCUUCAUGUCGUUCCUCAUGGCCAUCUUCUCGCAGUACUACCUGCGCAAGUACCGCGCGCGGUGGUUCAGGAAGUACAACUUCCUUCUUUCGGCCGCGCUCGAUGGCGGUACGCAGAUUAUGGUGUUUGUGUACUCGUUCGCAGUCGGAGGAGCGUCUGGGAAUGCUACGCCUUUCCCCACAUGGGCUCUAAACCCGACCGGAAACCCGGACUACUGCAAACGAUUGACGUAGGCUAUCAGGCUACCUUCGUAUUCACCCUCAGCCCGCCUU